AUGCCCAAAAAGAAAAUUAAUAUCGCCAUACCGACGUUUGGCCGCUCGUACAACCUAAAAAACGCUAGUCAACACAGCGCGCUGUCACCUGCCGACGGAUUAGGUUUCCGUUCAAAUAAUACACUGGAGGUCGGAGUAAUGGCAUAUUAUGAGGUGUGCGACAUGAUCAAGGAAGGAGCCAAAGUUUACUUGGAGCCUUUCCAUGAUGGCGUGCAUGCUGUUUUUCAGAAGUCAUGGGUUGGAUUUGAGACUGUCAAUACUGUUACAAAGAAG